AUGAAGGAAAGCGAAUUAACAAAGUUUUUAGUUUCUUUUAAUGGACACAUAGAGUAUGUAGUAUUUCCUGCAGGCGUAUUUGACGAGCAACUGUACAUACAGUAUGAAGUAGUGUGGGGAAUAGAUUGGGACCCUAAAUCUGGCUUGUGUACAGGAACAAGUCAAAUGGCACGACCGGGCAGCGAUCCAGAGAAAGUAAUAUUUAAUAUGCCCGUUGAAAUGGUAUUAGGCAGUACUAACGUAUUUGGGUGGCCGCAGCUAGUAAUAACAGUCAGAGCAAAAAACUUCUUCAGUGGAGAUACGCUUCGUGGCUACGCCCUGUUUCUCCUGCCGCCCGUGGCUGGUACACAUGAAAUGACGGCACCUUUGGUUAUACCAAGGUCGGCUACGAUGCUGGGGGAGUGGCUCGCCUGGUUAACAGGCAGGCAACCUGAGCUAGUGGAUCCUAGGAUGCUUGCUACAGGAAAGGAAAAUUAUUUGCUAAGAACCGAGUCGUAUGGACACGUCAGGUUAAAAAUGACGAUGGUGUCGAAAGAUAUGCGGAAACUCGGUUACGAUAACAUGGCGCCUGUAUUGAAAAUGUAG